AUGUUAGAUGGGAUACCCAAAUAUUUUGGUAGCCUCUGUAGUUUGGAAACUUUGUUCUUCGAUAACAACUCUGUUGUUGUCACAUUUCCCGAUUUUCUCAAUAACUUGUCAGGAUGCACAUCGCUUUCAUUACAAUCGUUGUUUGCUGAAACAAACCAACUUACAGGGUCAUUGCCCGAUGAGAUCCAAAAGUUUACAUCCCUAUUAGAUGUGUCCCUCUCUGAGAAUCUGUUAAAAGGAACUAUAAGUAAGAAACUGUGGGAACUUCCCAAACUUCAAAACCUUGAUCUUUCCGGAAACUCACUCCAAGGAUUUCCUUCCUCAGAUUACAUGUCAAACCUUUCUGAUAUAGAAUUCAUUCGUUUGAGCUCUUGCAAUCUAGGGCCUCGCUUCCCCAAAUGGAUUCAAAAUUUGAAAAAUCUUACCAGUCUUGAUAUUGCAAAUACUGGUAUUUCAGAUACAAUUCCUCUAGAGUUUUGGGACACGUGGCCUUCCUGGUUAACAUUCCUGAAUCUUUCUUCCAAAAACAUAAGCGGGAAAGUACCCGAUCUGUCAUAA